GUUAUCAUUCGUGCAGUCUUCAUGGCGAUGCACAUUGUACACCAAAAUUCAAAAUAUUGAGUUGUGGCUCCAUCCACUGUGAAUAUGAUCCACAGGUAUAUUAUGUAUAUAAUAUAUCUGUGAUAUUAUGAUCUAAGAUCGCCUCCAGUCUCGCUACGUCGUACUCCCGGCCAAGUUAGGUUAGGGUCCUGGAAUGGUAUUUCGUCAUGCUCCGUCACGAACCGCUUCGUCUUAAAUAUUGUUUGCGUUCACCGUACUUUGUAAACGAUUAUGUUAAACCCUUUUUGUGUUUUUACUAACGCUCGUAGUAUGCACGCGUAGCAAACAUUUCUGUGAGUCACUUCAAAUAAAACAAUAUUACUACUUUGUCGGCAAUUCAGCCGUUUUGGCUUUCGUCGUUGUUUCAAUGUUCCUAACCACAAACAGCCAAACCUUUCCACCUUCGUCGUCGGCGGAAUAGCAUAGACUUAUAAGGAUAGAAACUAGUUUAUACUAGUAUAAUAAACUUAUCUACGAUAGUUACGUACAGACCACAGAUUUCUAUAUGGUGUAGUAUAGAAGUCAGCGGUACCGACUCAUAUCCAAGUCCAACUCCGAUACCAGAUUUAAUAGCCUACGACAAAUAACAUUUUUUUAAAACGUAAAUAUGGUGUAUAAAUGUGUGGUUCCAAAUUGUGGUGUAAUUUAUGCAAAUGCAUCAAAAAUUAAAUUUUAUCGAUUUCCAACCGAUGAAGUUUUAAAAAGUAAAUGGAUGAAAAGUUGUUCAAUUACAAAACAUCUUGUAUCUUACAAAGUGUGUGAUAAUCACUUUUUACCAGAAGAUAUUAAAGAUAAUGGUCGCCUAAUGCCCUCUGCUGUCCCUAGUUUACAUCUAGGUGUAAAUGUCGAUCCAAAUUCAGAAAAUUCAAGCCAAACUGAUAUCAGUACAAAUAGUAAUUCCAAACCGAAUGGAGCUGACUCACUUCAAAGAUCCGAUGAAGUUUUAAAAAGUAAAUGGAUGAAAAGUUGUUCAAAUACAAAACAUCUUGUAUCUUACAAAGUGUGUGAUAAUAACUUUUUACCAGAAGAUAUUAAAGAUAAUGGUCGCCUAAUGCUCUUUGCUGUCCCUAGUAUACAACUAGGUGUAAAUGUCGAUCCAAAUUCAGAAAAUUCAAGCCAAACUGAUAUCAAUACAAAUAACAAUUCCAAACCGAAUGGAGCUGACUCACUUCAAAGAUCCGAUGAAGUUUUAAAAAGUAAAUGGAUGAAAAGUCGUUCAAAUACAAAACAUCUUGUAUCUUACAAAGUGUGUGAUAAUCACUUUUUACCAGAAGAUAUUAAAGAUAAUGGUCGCCUAAUGUCCUUUGCUGUCCCUAGUAUACAACCUGGUGUAAAUCUCGAUCCAAAUUCAGAAAAUUCAAGCCAAACUGAUAUCAGUACAAAUAGUAAUUCCAAACCGAAUGGAGCUGACUCACUUCAAAGAUCCGAUGAAGUUUUAAAAAGUAAAUGGAUGAAAAGUUGUUCAAAUACAAAACAUCUUGUAUCUUACAAAGUGUGUGAUAAUAACUUUUUACCAGAAGAUAUUAAAGAUAAUGGUCGCCUAAUGCUCUUUGCUGUCCCUAGUAUACAACUAGGUGUAAAUCUCGAUCCAAAUUCAGAAAAUUCAAGCCAAACUGAUAUCAGUACAAAUAGUAAUUCCAAACCGAAUGGAGCUGACUCACCUCAAAGAUCUGAUACCUCUACUAGUUUGAUCACUAAUAUAUCACCAACUCAAACAUCAAAAAAAGGAAAAUUUUCUCUAAAGUAUCCUAGGUAUUUUAAUGAUUUAACCGUUGAACAUUUUUCUACACCAAUUAGAGCUGAAAUAUAUCUAGCAUUUGCCAAACAAAAGCACAAUGACGUCAGAAAGAAAUUGAAAAAGGUUCAACAACAAAACCGAAGAUUGGCAGAAAAAUUAAAAUGUAUCAAUAUUUCAAAACAAAAGGAUUCAAACCAUUUGACAGAAAAUGCUUCUCAAUUGAUAUGCCAAGUUUCUAAGUGACUAAAAAAAAGGACCAUAUCAUUGCAUUUCUUCAAGCUAUUCUUACACAAUGUUCUUCAGAUAUUUCCCCACAAGUGAUAUCAAGACAACAUGAAAAUUUAAUCCUACCAGUUCAAUUUAUCAGGUGUUCCGGCUCUAUUAGAGAAAUAUUCAAUAUUACAUAUGAAUAUUAUUAAAGGAUAAGAAUUUAAUUUUUAUUACAUUUAAAUAAUUCUAAUUUUUUUUUGACAUUUACCUAACUUAAAAUAGUACAUUUUUUUCACAAACAUGUAUGUAAAAACUAUGUGAAGAAUUCAAUAUUUUUAUUUUAAUAUAAUUUUUAUUUUUCUGGCUUUUAAUGCUGCAAACUCUUGUGUUACUUCUUCCAAGUACAAUUUGUUUGAUACGUCCUUUUCAAUUGAAAAAGUUGCCAAACUAAACAAAUUUGGCAUAUUUAGAACCACAAGUAGUUUUUAUAAUCUUAGAUUAAAUACCUGUAACUAUAAAUUGAUUAAAAAAAUUAACUUUAAAGUACAUUUCUGGAUCAAUUAUAGGGUUGUCUCGAGAUUCGUAAGCAAAGAGAGUCGCCUUACGUCUCAAUCUUUGUAAACUAUCAAAUUUGUCAUCAAUUCAAACUUUUUUAGCAACUUCUUUUGCUGAGUUUAAUGUUUAUUUUAGGUUAAUGUUUUCGCGUUAACUUAGGGAGCAACAUAUUAUCCUAAACACUAGGACCUGUCUACCACCAAGGAAAUGCCGCCUUUUACAUACUGCGCCCCUUGUUAAUAUAACUUUUUUUCGACUCAUACCUACGAUGUUUACAAUAUUAAACUACUUAUUUAAAUUCAUAAUUCAAUAAUAAUAAUAUAUUAUAUGUAAAUUAAAUUAGGUUUUACAUUGUUAAAUACUAUUUUAUGAAUAAAUUAAAAUUAAGUAAGGAGUCUUUAUUAAAUCACAAUAAUUAUUAAAUAUAGACUAGCAAUAUAUUUCCUGUAUUUUAUAAUUCAAAAUACAGCAGUUUUCUUUCCUUUUCUAUUAUGUGUUUUUCUUAUAUUUUUUUUUUUUUGUAAACACUGCUCGGCUGUUAAAAGAUUGUUAUUAAGAACACAGAUUUAUUGAAUUUAAAUUUAACAAAGAUAGGAAAAGUUUUUUAAAAUAUCCUUAGGUUUUUAAGAAAAUUAACAACAUUUUUGACUUUAGGCAAGCUCUUAUUUUUAACUAUAUUGAUUGCUUAAUGGUCUGAAUCUACCUAACUUGUAAUGUUGCUAAUGAACUUAUUUUAAUUGUAUGUUAUACAAUAUACAAUAUGAAAUAUUGUUUAUUCAAAAAUAAGAAUAGGUACUGGUACAGUGGUACAUAAUUCCAAGUUUUUUAUGUUUUAGAAAAUUCAAUGGGAAUAGGUACCAGUGAUAACCGACAAAUGCUGGUUGAACAAUCGUAAUAGGGUAUCUGAAUUUUCAAGUUGAAUGAAAUGUAGAACAAAAUAUGAUCACAAUAUAAUGUCUAUGUUAAAUAUUUAAUAAAUAUAAAUAAUGGCACCAAAUACACAAUAAAGGCAGUGGCGUCAUUUGGGGGACCUUAAGUCAGCCCAUUUACCGUGUAACUUUAAAUGCUUAUAAAAAAAAAUUGUGUCUAUGUAUUUUUAAUAUUUUUCAACUGCUACUGUAACAAUAAAUUUUCAAGCUUUUUUAACCAACAAAUAAAGUUUUAUGUCAUUCAUAGAAAAAAUACUAAUAAAAUUGGAAACUGAAA